UCAUCCACCACCGGCUUCACCGCUAUUUUCAACGAUUUUCGCGGGUGUGUAUAAAAAAAGUUUCCGUAUUGUACGUACUGAAUUCAAAAGCAAGUAAAGCAAAUUAAUUAGGUGAAUUUGCGUCAAGCCUAGGUGUAGAUUAAGAAGUCUUAUCUCCCGGAAAGCAACUUAAAGAUUGUACACUUUUCAAUACACUUUUUUCUUCCCGGAACGAUCCAGACGCGACUGAAUGAUGGAUGACGCACCAAUUCUCUGGUUGAACAAUGAUUGUCUGCUAAUCCUCUUCAAGUACCUCAAAAUUGAGGAUCUACUUUCACUGGAGGAGGUUUGCGUGAGAUUUCAGGAUGUGGUACAGUUGAGCUACAGAACCAUUCCCAUAAUGAAUUUUGUUGAAUUAGCCAAACGCAGUAUGGGCCCAAUAUCCCUCUCAAUGGCUGAAAAGAUAUCUCGUCGUGUGGGACCCUACGUUCAUCACUUGAAUGUCUCAAGCGAAUCUUUGGGCAUCCCGGAUGAGUGUCCUCCUUUGACAAUUUUGGAGCAUUUUAAGCAACUGCGAGGAAUACGCUUGGUUGAAUUUGAUUUCAGCAAUGAAACCUCCAUUCGGGUACUGAGUGAGAUGUUUGGGAAGAUGAAGAGCGCCAGUUUUGAGAAUUGCCAGCUAACGGACGAAGGACUCUUGGCGUGUUUCUUGCGAACGAAUGAACUUGAAGUUUUUCGUUUGGUCUCCACCGAAUGCCUCACUGGGAAAUUCCUUCAAGGAUUGAGGGGACUCAAAGAGGCUGAACUCUACAUCAACUCCCCCCUGGAAGCUGUGUACUUUCGUGAAUUCUGCGAAGCAAAUCGACAACUAUAUUAUUUCGAAUUGUAUGGCUUUGGAAAUAUUAAUGGGACCUGUGUACAAUCCAUGCUGACCAACCUGCGAGACUUGAAGACCCUGUCCAUGUGCGAUCUACCCAACAUUAAAUCCAAAGAUAUAGAAACAAUUGGCGACUUGGUGGGACUAAGGAAUUUGGAACUAUUCUACUUCACUCUCAUGAGCGACGAUAUUUUUGAUGAACUUCUCGAGAAAAUGAUUCGCCGGGGGACUCUUGAGCAUUUAGGCAUAUCGUGCGCCGUUUUUGUGAAAGACAGCACAUUGAGGAAGGUUGCGAGAUUCCAAAAUUUGAAGAGUCUCGGCUUGAAAGGGAUUGCAACUGAUAGUCUACUCGCAAAACUCACCUGUUUUCCCACACUCGAGGGUCUCGAUGUUUCCGAAUCCAAAGUCACAGCAAAAGGGCUUAGGAAGUUCAUCAUGAAGUGCCCAUUGCUCGAAUUUGUUGAUUUGAGUGACAAUGAGAUUUCCUUCAAAUUCAUCCAAAGUCUCGGAUCUCAUCUCAGAUCGAGGUCAAAAAUGAUUAAUUUUGUGGUGAGCCAUACACCCAUUGUGGAAGUUUUGGAAGGUCCCACAGAUAUAAUUUUGGAUUUCCUUUACAACAAAACUAAUGGACAAAUUAAAUUUAUCUACAAGAAUUAGCUGGAAAGGCUGGAAAGAGAUGAAUUUCAAUAUUAAAAAUUUACUUUUCUUCAAUUAAAUAUUUUAAGAGAAUCCUUCAUGAAAUAUAUUGAAUUUUUUUUUAACAAAAUAACUAAUGAUAUUAGUGAAUUAGAGGAGAAAAUACUUUGAAAUCGUUUCAAACACUACAAAAUGUAAAAUAUUUCAAUUCAUUGUUGACUUAAUAAAGAAAUUUAAUCACUUA